UUAGUUGAUACGAAGAUGGCAGCUACCAACAAAAAUGAUGUUUCUACCAACUAUGACAGAAAAAGUGAACAGAAAGCUUUUGAUGACACAAAGGAAGGUGUUAAAGGCCUUGUCGAUGCUGAUACCAAAAUUCCUCGAAUCUUUUAUCAUUCACCUGAUGUGUACUCCAUUAACAAUACCUCUGAUUCAGAAGAAGCUCAGUUUAGUAUUCCAGUCAUAGACCUCAAGGGCCUCUCAGAUCGAACUAAACGAAAGGGAAUACCUGUUGGCUUUUUUCAAAUUUUCAAUCAUGGAAUACCUAUGGUGGCUACCAACAGAAAUGAGGUUCCAACCAACUAUGACAGAAAACAUGAACUAAAAGCUUUUGAUGAUACAAAGGAAGGUGUUAAAGGCCUUGUUGAUGCUGGAAUAACCGAGAUUCCUCGAAUUUUUUAUCAUCCACCAGAUGAGUAUUCCAUCGACAAUACCUCUGAUUCAGAAGAAGUCCGGUGUAGCAUUCCAGUCAUAGACGUCGAAGGCCUCUUCGAUCAAACUAAACGAAAGGAGAUUGUUGCAGCAGUUGGAGAAGCAUCAGAGACUUGGGGCUUCUUUCAAAUUUCCAAUCAUGGAAUACCUUUUGAUGUGCUGGAGGAGAUGAAGGAUGGGGUACGUGGGUUUUAUGAGCAGGAUACUGAAGUGAAGAAACAGUAUUAUACUCGUGAUGACUCCAGUAGUACAGUAGUCUACAACAGCAACUUUGAUCUGUAUAGUGCACCGGCAACUAAUUGGAGGGAUAGUUUACAGUGUUAUAUGGCUCCUACUCCUCCUAAGAUGGAAGACUUUCCUGAAGUAUGCAGAGAAAUUCUUGUUGAAUACUCGAAGCAAGUAAUGAAGUUGGGGAAGCUAUUGUUUGAGUUGUUAUCCGAGGCUCUUGGGCUAAAUCCAAGUCACUUGAAUGACAUAGAUUGCAGUGAGGGGCUUAUAGUUUUAGGCCAUUAUUAUCCUGCUUGUCCACAACCAGAGUUAACAAUAGGCACAAGCAAGCAUGCAGAUAAUAGCUUCAUGACUGUCCUUCUGCAAGAUCAUAUUGGUGGUCUUCAAGUCCUUCAUCAGAACAAAUGGAUUGAUGUACCUCAUGUACCGGGUGCUUUAGUGGUUAACAUCGGAGAUUUUGUACAGCUUAUAUCAAAUGACAGAUUCAAGAGUGUAGAGCACAGGGUACUGGCAAACCAUAGAGGUCCCAGGGUAUCAGUUGCAAGCUUUUUCGGCACAGGAUUGCUGCCAUCGACAAAGCUCUACGGACCCAUCAAGGAGUUAUUAUCAGAAGACAAUCCUCCAAAGUACAGGGAGACCACUGUAAGGGACUAUAAUGCCUACUAUGUUAAAAAAGGCCUCGAUGGGAAAUCUGCCUUGUCUCAUUUUAAGCUUUGAACUUGGAGGAGGAGGAGCUAGACCUGCCAUGAACACUCGGUGUGCUACUAAAUUAUACACUUAUAGCAGUACUCUUUAGGCAUACAUUGUUUGCUUUGAUUGUUAUAGUUACGAGUGAUGUACUUCUUAGAAAGUGUUUGGCUAUGAUUUCCCUAUUUUCAAACUCAUGUGCAAAUGACAUUGUUUGCUUUGAUCGUAAUAGUUACGAGUGAUGUACUUGUUAAAAAGUGUUUGGCUAUGA